AUGCUGUGCGUCCUUUGUGUGCUGGCUGCGCAAUGGAGACUUCCACAUGCGCAGGCGGCGGCUUCCCCGGAUGGCUGCUCGCAGGUGCUGUCGCCAAGCAAGCGCAUAUACAGCGCCAGCAUCUUUCUGGAACCCGUCACCAAUUGGCUUCGGGGAACACUGGAGACGGACCAGGACCGACAGCUCAUGGAAGAGCUACGCGGCGGGGUGGACUUCGGAUGCGAGCCAGAGGACUGCAAUUCGGUCCUCUGCGUUGCGGAAAGGUUUUCCAUCACAGUUGCGUCCUGCCUCUAUGCCCCUGGCUGCCGCGAGAUUCCCUGGUCAGCCCUGAGCAUGCCCUGGGAGAACUUGCUUCGGACCUCUUGGCCUCUUUUUGACUUGGUUGCGAAGUGGUCACGUAUGCACCGAGAGACCACGAAGGUGCGAGCGGACAUGGGUCAGUUAUGUGGUGAGAAGAGUUUGCAUUACCUGCACAAGUUCGACGGUGAGCUGCUUGACUGGCAGAUCUCGCGACUGCACUCAACACCAAAGGUCCUCAAGCAAGCUGCCCAGUUGGUGGCAGCGGGAUUAUUGGACGAGGUUAAUCUCCAAGACUGGCCACGCAUGACGGACCCAUGUGGAAGACUUUUGUGGAGCACCUUGAUUGUCACUUUGGCGCUGGUGCGUGAUGGAGCUGCCAUAUCCACCGGAUAUGGCAUGAGAGUGUUGUGGCUCCAUGUCAUGCAUUCUUUCCUGGAGCUAGAAGGCAAUAGUGCGGGCUUGGAUCCAGAAUGGGCAUCCAUGGAGUUGCUUGCCACAGGCCCAUGGAAUGUUCUGCAGUUUUUGCCCGUCCUCGUGGGCAAGGAAAGGGCAAAGACCAUUGGCUUCCAGGUGCUCGACUCGAGUGACACGUCGCCGACAUGGCUCACUUCGGACCGUCCUGCUCCCUUUACGGCCAUGGAUGCCCAGGCCUCGCGCCGCUUGGAAGAGACGCUCCAGGUCGCGCAUGACCUCCUUUCUGCACUCGGGGUGGCCUACAUGAUGAUUGCCGGUACCCUCCUGGGUGCAGUGCGUCAUUUGGGGCGCAUUCCCUGGGAUGACGACGUAGAUCUUUGUGCGGAUGUCAUUCACGAGCGAAAGUUCGUCGCUUUAGCCAUCGCCUUGGAGGCGUCAGCGUUGGGGACAGCGCAGCCCUCCCACAUCAGCUUCCACAUGAGGCGUGCCAUGGCCGUACUGCGAUCCUCGGGUCACACCCUGGAGAUUGCCAGCUCCCGAUCGCUGGUUUUUCGGGUGAAGCGUGUGGACGCAGAGGACGGAGAGCCUGCGGUCGACAUCUGGAUGUGCUUCUACAUGUCAACUCAGACAGAGGAGACCGAAAAUGUAACACUGAUGUCUCAGAUGUUUGGUCCGAAAAUACCACGGCGCUUUGUGGAGCCUCUUCAGAAGAUGCCCUUUGGGCGGUUGGCGCUUUGGGGACCUGCGGAUCCCGAGGAGGUUACACGCUUGUACCUGAACUUCCUCGAACCUGCAGCGGACUUCAUGACCACUUGCCGGGGCCGCAAGCUGCACAGCAUGCACAUGGAGUUUGACGAAGAGGUGCCCUGCUCCCGCCUCAGUCAUGUCGCGAGCUUCGCGACACGUUGGGAAGCGUUGGACCUCGCUGCCCAGGAGGCCCGGGAUGUCAUCGAGGCUACGAGCCAGCUGCAGCUUAGUCGGCUGCCUGGUCUAACGACCCCGUCUACCUCCAAUCUUCUGGAGGUACAGCAGGCGUCCCUCCAGCCUGAGGCUCCUCGCUACAAAGUGCGCUGGGGCUUGCAAGAGGACUCUGGACUUCGUGUUUGCACGGCCUUGCUGUGGCAUGGCGAUCCCGAGGUUCUGGAGGUCAUUGCUGGCAAGUCUCUGGACGCCGUCCUCGAAGAGCGAAUUUGUGGUCCUCUGAAGAUGCGCGACACUGGCUUCAAGGUGCCAAAGGAGCAUGCCAACCGGAUUGGGCCCUGGUACAAGAGCGUCGAGAUCGAAGGCAAGCCUCAGAUUGCUCAUCGCCUAGACGUCGUGGACCCUGGUGGAGACAACAGCGGAUGGGUUGGGAACAACGUCUCCAAAGUAUUGUCUGCCGGUGGCACCGUGGAUGUCCCCUUGGUGAUGCGAGGGGGCAUGGUCAGCACGUUCAAUGACUACCUCCGGUUUCUGAUGAUGUUGCGGAACUUUGGCGAGCUUGAUGGAGUUCGUGUCCUCAAGCGCGAGACGGUGCAGCUGAUGAUUUGCAACCACAUCCCAGUAGCCUGCUAUGGGAAGAAGACUGUCUUUGUCUUCGACAAGCCGGGUGUGGGCUACAACUGCUCGGGGCUCGAUUUAGCGAGUGUGGAUGGUACGUGCAGAUGA